CGGACACGGACGAGGAAGGUGAUGUUGUGGAGCGCGGGUUUAGGUGGCAGGAUGACAGGUGCCAAGAUCCUCCUUCCUUUCCUCUUCCUACACUCAUUUUGUGAAGGCUCCAAUCAGCCGCCACGUUUUCUGAACUACUUCUUCUCAACCUACCUUCUGAUCUAUGAGGACACGCCUAUAGGUUCAUCUGUAGCCCAGCUUAAGGCAAUUGAUCCUGAGGGGGAGCCCCUCAUGUACGGGGUUUCAGGCGAAGAGGGCAUGAGGUAUUUUUCUGUGAACAGGGAAACCGGUGUGGUCUGGCUUCGACAGCAGCUCGAUCGUGAGACGAAGUCAGAGAUGCAGGUUGAGUUCUACGUGAGUGACAUUCAAGAGGUGGUCAAAGACACAGUAAACAUCCAGAUCGGGGAUGUGAAUGAUAAUGCACCAAACUUCCACGGGCAGCCAUACACUGUUCAGAUCCCAGAGGACACACCAGUGGGCAGAUCAAUAUAUAUGGUGAACGCCACAGAUCCAGACCAGGGCACUGGUGGCAGUGUUCUUUUCUCUUUCCAGCCUCCUUCUGCCUUCUUUGCCAUUGAUGGUGCCCGAGGCACUGUCACGGUCAUCAGACCUUUAGACUAUGAGACAACCUCAGCCUACCAGCUCACUGUCAAUGCCACGGAUCAAGACAAAGUAAGACCUUUGUCCCGGCUUGCCAACUUGGCCAUCACUAUCACCGAUGUCCAAGACAUGGAUCCAGUUUUCACCAAUCUGCCCUACAGUACCAACAUAGAGGAGAACGUUCCCCUGGGAUAUGAGGUGCGGAAGAUAACAGCCAUUGACCAGGAUCUUGGCCGACCAAGAGGAAUCGGCUACACCAUCAUCUCAGGGAACACCAACAGCGUUUUUGCCCUGGGCUACAUCAGUGGGUCUCUGACGGUGAACGGCCAGCUGGACAGAGAAAACCCGCUCUACUCCGCAGGAUUCACUCUCACUGUCAAGGCCACAGAGUUGAAAGAAGAUCGCAGUCCAUCAGAUGCAACAGUGAUGACUACCUUCACCAUCCUAUUAAUUGACAAGAAUGACAACGCCCCUAAGUUCAACAGCUCAGAGUAUCGGGUCCGAAUCACUGAACUGGCUCAGGUGGGCUUUGCUCUGCCGCUCUUCAUCCAAGUAGAAGAUAAGGAUGAGGGGGUGAACAGCAUGUUCCAAGUGUUUCUGACAGGAAACAAUUCGGAGUACUUCACCAUUUCCCCAACAGCAGUACAAGGGCAUGCCGACAUUCGGAUAAGGGUUGCCAUGCCACUCGACUAUGAACUCAUUCGCAGCUACACCUUUUCACUUUUUGCCAAUGAGUCUAUUUCUGAUCAUGUGGGAUUUGCCCGUGUUUUUAUUGACCUUAUCAAUGAGAACGAUAACCGGCCCAUCUUCAGCCGACCGCUGUACAACAUCAGCCUUCCUGAAAACACACCCCCUGGUACAUCACUGCUGCGUAUCCUGGCUACAGAUGGAGAUGCAGGCAUUUUUGGGGUUGUGCGUUACUACUUCAGUGAUGAGCCAGACCAGUUUUCAUUGGAUGAAGAAACAGGCUGGGUUAUUCUGAAGGCCAGUCUCGACUACGAGUUAAUGCGUCGCUUCACUCUGACCGUGCUGGCAAGGGAUGGUGGUGGAGAGGAGACAACUGGAAGGAUCCGCGUAAAUGUGCUGGAUAUUAAUGACAAUGAACCACUCUUUCAGAAGGAGGCAUACUCGGGCUCAAUUAGAGAGAAUGAAAAGACAGUCCAGUCAGUGGCACGGAUCAGGGCUACUGAUGAGGACUCCCCUCCUAACAACUUCUUGACAUACUCUAUCACUUCAGUGUCAGCCUUUGGUGAUUACUUCCAAAUCAUCAUGGUGGAAGGCUACGCAGUGAUCACUGUGAUGAAGCCGCUCGACUAUGAGAAGGUUCCAAACGGGAUGAUCUAUUUGACAGUGAUGGCUAAGGAUGGUGGAAACCCAGCACUCAACAGCACUGUCCCCGUCACAGUGGAAGUGAUAGAUGAAAAUGACAACCCGCCUGAGUUCAGCAAGCAGUCUUAUAUUGUCAAAAUCCCGGAGAACAUUAUAGCCGGGGCAACCGUGCUGCUUGUGAAUGCCAGUGAUUUGGACGCCUCGCGGGAGUUUGGUCAGGCAUCACUCAUCUACUCCCUGGAGGGCUCCUCUCAGUUCCGUCUUAACUCACGUUCAGGAGAGAUCACCACUACAGCCUUGCUGGACCGAGAGCAGAAGUCAGAGUACAUCCUGAUAGUCAGAGCUGUGGAUGGAGGAGUUGGACCACAGCAGAAAACUGGCAUUGCCACGGUGAACGUCACCAUCCUCGACAUCAAUGACAACGCCCCCGUGUGGCAAGAAGAGCCAUACUAUGCCAACGUAGUGGAGAAAAGUCCUAUAAACACUGAUGUCAUUUCUGUGUUGGCAGUAGACCCUGACAAUGGGGAAAACGGGACAAUAGUAUACAGCAUCAAUCCAGAAAACCCUUUCUACACCAUUGACAACAGAACAGGAAAGAUCCGAACAAGUGGAGUUGCUCUGGAUAGGGAAAGCACAAACUACCGAGACGCAGCACUUAUGAGGACCAUCGUCAUCUCAGCCGUUGACCGUGGUACACCUCCACUGCGUGCAUCAGUCAGUGCCACAGUAUUUGUCAACCUGCUGGAUCUCAAUGACAACGACCCAACUUUCCUCAAUCUGCCAUUUGUUGCUGAAGUACUUGAGGGGCUGCCCAUCGGGACUUCAUUUUUUAGGGUCCAGGCGGUGGACCCCGACGAGGGCCAGAAUGGCCUGAUAACAAUGGCUUUACAGGUGGGAAUGCCUCGUCAGGACUUCUACCUGAACACCUCCACUGGUGUGGUCACCACCACCACUGUCCUGGACCGUGAGCAGAUUGAACAGUACCAUUUGAGGAUUAUUGCAUACGAUGCAGGGAAGUUCCCUCGUACCUCUACUUCUACCCUCACUGUCUCAGUUCUGGAUGUAAACGAUAAGACGCCCACCUUCAACCCUCAGGUGUACAAUGUUUCCAUGAAGGAGAACGUUCCUAGAGACUACGUUGUAGUGCGACUCAGCUGCUCUGACAAUGAUACUGGUCUCAACGCCGAACUUAGCUACUUCAUCACAGAUGGUAACCAAGAUGGAAAAUUCAGCGUUGGCUUCAGAGAUGGUGUCAUUAGGACGGUGGUCGGCCUAGACAGGGAGACCCAGGCAGCAUAUAUUCUGAUCAUAGAAGCUAUCGACAAUGGUCCAGCAGGCAGCCGAAGGACAGGCACUGCCACUGUAUUUGUUCAGGUGCAGGAUGUUAAUGACAACAGGCCCAUCUUUCUCCAAAACAGCUAUGAAACCAGCAUUUUGGAAACUGUGCCCAGAGGAACAAGCAUCCUUCAGGUUCAAGCCACAGAUGCAGAUGAGGGAGAGAAUGGCAGAGUUUUGUACAGGAUCCUUACUGGGAACAGCAACAAUCUGUUCAGCAUAGACAGACAGACUGGGCUUGUGACAAGAGGCCUCAGGGCUCUGGACAGAGAAACCAGCAGCUCCCACGUGUUGGAAGUGGAGGCCUACAACAGUGACGAGGGCAGCAUGAGGAGCUCUGUGAGGGUGAUCAUAUAUGUUGAUGAUGCCAAUGAUGAAGUGCCAGUAUUUACCCAGCAACAGUACAACCGUCUGGGCCUGAGAGAGACUGCUGGCAUCGGCACCUCAGUGAUUGUGGUGCGUGCAACAGACCCUGACACUGGUGAUGGCGGAGCAGUUGCAUACGCCCUUGUAUCCGGCUCAGACCGCAAGUUUGAGGUGGAUGUGAGCACUGGUCUGGUCACCACUGUGGACUACUUGGACUACGAGACCAAGACCACCUAUCUUAUGAAUGUCUCAGCCACUGACCAAGCUCCUCCGUUCCACCGAGGCUUCUGCACCGUCUACGUCACCUUACUUAAUGAGUUGGACGAGGCCGUUGCCUUCUUGUCCGCUGGCUACGAGGUAUCCCUUCGGGAGAACAUCGCCACAGGGACAGAGGUGGUUCAGGUGCAGGCCCAGUCCGCCGACAACUUGAACCAGCUGAAAUAUCGCUUUGACCCUGACACGUCUCCUGCAGCUCUGGCCCUCUUCAAGAUAGAUAGCGUCACGGGCCGCAUCACAGUAACAGGCCUGCUGGACAGAGAAAAGGGGGAUCUCUACACCCUGACGGUUGUAGCUGAUGAUGGAGGACCUAAGAAGGACUCUACUGUGGUAUGUCCCUUCUUGUGA